GGUUGCAUUCGCUAACAUAACCUAAUUUUAUCGUGAUUUUUGUCGCUUUUAUAUCAUCUAAAGUCCAUUCAAAAAAUCACUAAUUUAUUAAACGAAACGCACAAAACAAUGUCAGCUAACGACGGAUUACUCCAAUGCUACAAUUUCGGCUGCGGACAAAAAUAUAAGCCUGAAGAAAAUGCAGAUGAUUCCUGCUGCCAUCACACUGGUUCACCUGUUUUCCAUGACGCCCUUAAAGGUUGGUCCUGCUGCAAGAAGAGGACCACAGAUUUCACAGAAUUCCUGAACAUAAAGGGAUGCCAAUUAGCUAAACACUCAAAUAUCAAACCAGUCAGUGAAGAGAAACCGGUGGAAGUUGAUGAACCUAAAAUACAGGAAACCCCAAAGCCAAUAGUGCCUCCUAAAGCUGAAAGGAAAUCUUUCCAUUCAAAUCUUGUUGAUUUGGUACCAACGAUAGCAGAGUCUUUGAAAAAGCAGCUGGAUACCUUAGAAAGCAAGAAGAAAAGUACAGGUGUUGAUGGUGUUGAAAUUGGUGAAGCUUGCAAGAACAGGGGUUGUUCUGUUAAAUAUGAAGGCCCUGAGACAAAUAAGACUGUCUGCGUCUACCAUGAAGGUUAUCCCAUUUUCCAUGAAGGAAUUAAGUACUGGUCAUGCUGCCCAAAAUAUUAUUCGGAUUUUGAAGCCAUGUUGAAACAUGCUGGAUGUGCCAAAGGGGAACAUGUCUGGAUUAAAAAAAAUACAACAAAUGUUAAUUGCAGAUGGGACUAUUUCCAAACUGGCUCACAUGUAAUUAUGUCCAUUUACGCCAAGAAUUAUUCAACUACAUUAAGCAAAAUCCAAUUGGCUCCUCUUCAAUUAAAUAUAAAAUUGGUCUUUGAAGAAGGCGAUUCAUCUUGCUUUGAUCUUAACUUGGAGUUGUGUGAGGCUUGCAAUGUUAAGGAGAGCAAUGUGACAAUGUUUGGCACUAAAGUUGAAAUAAAGCUGAAGAAGCAUUCACCUGGUACCUGGAAGGAUUUGCAUGUUGCUAUUAAUAAACAAAAUGUACCAGAAUCAAAUGAAACUAGUAGUGAACCUAAAAUCACCAAAGGCAUUGAAUCUGUGGAUCUAAGUGAUUUAUAACGUCUUCAAAAAUCUAGAUUUAUUAAAUGUUUCCAUCAAAUUUCUUAAGCAUGCACAUACUAAUUUAAUUUUUUUUUUGCUUUAAUUUUAUGCCACAAUUCAAGCUUUUUUUAAGU